GACCUCAUAUUUCCAAGUCAGGAUGAAGAGGUCAUGCUCAGAGCAACCGGCUGGACCAUGGGAUGGCCAUCUUCCCAGAUCUCGAUGAUUCACUGGUUCUGCUGCUGGGAUGUGUGUUCUUAUACAUCAUCCAGUGGACCAUCCAAAAUGUAAAGGCAUACUGGAUUUUACCUCCUAUUUGCUCUUGUCUCAAGAAGGAGCUAGAGUGGCAGCAAAGAGAACAUGUCACAGAACAAAUAAGCAAUGCACCUCAAGGGACAUUGACAAGAGACAGGAGUCAUGACACAACCGCAAGCUCAGAAGCGAGCUGGACCAUAUCUACAAAAUCGGAAAGGAGGACCCCACCGUCAACAUCCAACACCUCCCUGGACUCUGUCCUCUCCCUCUACAGCUGGGCUCCUCCACCCUCAAGCAGAUCAACCAAGAUCCUGCGCUCUGCUUCCAGGACCUCCUUGGAGUCGACUGCUUCCAUCAGCAGCUGGACUGCAUCAUCUUCAGGUGAUGAACCCUGUAGCAGACCUUCAUCCAGAGCAGAGAAGGACUCCUCUCUGGUCCUUAAGGAGUUUGCUCUACCUUUGUUACUGUGCCAGAACAGGGUGAGGUCCAGGCAGCUUUGCCAGAGGCCCUCUUCCUAUCCCUACGUCAACGUUCAUCUGCAGUCAAAUGAGCAGAAGAGGCAACUGGCAGAAUCCACGCUCCGGUCUUCCUCCAGAUUGGCUCCUACUGCUGCUCCCUCCUUGCAUCCCACCCCUAUAUGCCAACAAGGCCCAGCCUACCUGCAAGAACGGGGCUGGAGGAUUGGUUUUCUGGACUACAAACAACAGGAGCUGCUAGAGUGGCACAUCCGCAAGAAGCGUCAAGGGAAGAUUGCAUCUCCAUCUCACUGGGCCUCAAGCACAGGAACCAGCCGCUCAGCAGCCAUCUCCAACAGGCCACACCAAAGCAGGGCAGAGCCCCAACAAUCUCUCCAGAGAUCCCAGUCUCAUCACCAUGGAGAUUAUGAGAAGAAGAAUUUGCUGGAGUGGAACGUUCAAAAGGAAUAUCGAGCGAAGGAUGCAACGUCAGUGCACAGUGUCUCUAGAAGAGAAGGCAAGACCCUGGCUGCCGUUGCCAAUGUCUCAAAAAGGGAUACGUUGGGGCCCCAUCACCCUCCCCAGAAGCUGAACUUCUUUUCCUACAUUGACUUCAAGUUGCACCUGGAAGAACUGCAUAGGCAAUGGGAGAGGCCCACACACCAGUCUGGCUCCAUGCGGAAGCUGAGCCCUGCGGCACCUUCCAUGCAUUCGGCAGUCAGCAAGCAAGGCAGUGCCAUCAACUUCCAGAGCUGCGGGAGGAGGCUCAGUUUCCUGAGCUACAAAGAACAGGAGCUGCUGGAGUGGAACGUCCAUAAGAAACAGCAGAAGAAGAAUGCAAAACCGUCGCACCGAACCUCUAGCCCUGCCGCCAAGAAGGCUGAGGUAACCCUCAUUUAUCAGCCACACCAGGCUGGGUUGGGGCACCAACAUCCACCCCAGAAGCCCCACUCCUAUUCCCAAAUUGACUCCGGUGAGAAGAAGAUGCAUAGACAACGCAAGACACCCACCCCUCAGUUGCGCCCCUCGUCUGAAAGGAUCCCCACUUCUGCCUCCUUCCAACCAACCCUCAAAGACAAAGGAGGUCUGGCCCAUUUUCAAGGAUAUGGAGAUGUGAUUGAUUUUCUAAGCUACCAGGAGCAGGAAUUGCUGGCUUACAAACUCCAGAAGGAACAUGGAGUAAAGAAGGCAAGGCCAUCUCACCGGAGCUCUAGGCCCAAAGCUAAGAGCCAAGCUGGUGUUUUUCAGAGCUUGCAGCCGCAAUAUACCCGACCGAAGCCCUCACAGGUUCAUCGGAAAUCCCACUCUUAUCCCUCCACGGGAAUCUUUGAUGAGUGGUUGUUGCAUGACUGGAACAUCUGCAAGAAGCAUGGAGUGCAGAAGGAGUUGGUAGUAUUGCCCCGGGCCUCCAAGGCUGGGAGGAAAGAAGCCACACGGCGGUCCGAUCCCAUGACCAGACUGGUCCCUGCUGCUGCCGCUGCUGCUGCUCCUUUAUAUAAUGAAAGCAAAGUCAGUCCUGCCCACUUUCAGAAACAUGACAACAGGACUGGGGAUUUGGACCAUGAGGAAUGGCAGUUACUUGCCUGUAAUGUCCACAUGGACCACAAGGAAAAGACUGUGGCCCCAUUACGCCAGGCCUCCAGCAAACCAGUGGAAACACCCACACUCCAGUCUGAACCUGUGCCUGUGCCUGUGUUGAUAGCUGCUUCUCCUUCCUUGCACCCUUCUGGCAAAGGCACAAGCAUCCCUGUCCCUCUUCAGGAAGCUCUCAGAGAAAUCGUGGUCCAGACCCUUGCUGAGGUCUCUCCAGAUGAGAUAAGAUGGUGCCUGAGCCAACAACCCCCCAAAACUUCCAGCCCCAAGGCCGAUCUGCUCGAUCCUUCCCUGCCUUAUCGCAUCUUGGAGUCUGUGGACAGGAAGCAGGCCAUGCGGGACCUGCACCGGCGCCUGGCCCAGGGACUUGAGGUGGGGCACAAAGGGCCCUGCGUGGAGUACCCCGUCUGCCUGCAGUGUGGCUGCUGUACCUCAUCUUGCCCUCACCCUCGUUCGAAGCGGAGUCCGUCCCUCGUGGUUUACCCCCGGCUGCGAGUGCACAAAGGGGAGGUCCACCUGGCCCUGGGUUUCAUCCUGAAGGUCAAACGGAGCGAAGGUGAGGAGUGGGGUCUGGGGGAAGAUGUGGAUAUCUCCACAGUGCUGGUGGACACGAAGCAUCCUUCCAAGCGAGAGAAGAGCAGAGAACGCACCGCCAAGGCAGUAUCAGAGAGAACGCAGCACCGGCCGAGAGAAGAGCACAGAAAGCAUCGGGAAACACCGCGCCAGCAUCCCAACGUGAAGAAGUCACGUUCCGCAGCUCGGCAACGCUCUGCAGAAAGAGGAAGGAACACAGGAGAGCGGUCUUCUUCCAGAGCACGGAGGGUGAGCUUUUUGCCCAACGAGAAGCCAUCCCCAAAGCCAUCAAAACAAGCCACAAAGUCGUCGCACCGUCCACGCUCUCGGAGGUCCACCUCCAGAGAGAGAAGGCCACACCAGGCCAAGACCAACAAGCAAAAACUCACCUUUCUGGAAUGGCUGUUGUUUUACUUCAAGAACUCAUGGAACAGACCAAGGGUGACGGAAAACAAGAAGCAGAGCCCUGUGUCCUCAUCCCAGAAGCCACACUCCUCCAGGAGCCGUUCUAGAGGAAGGGUUGCGCCCAAGAGGAAUUCCGCACGUAAAUAGAUCCCCUCCUGGUCCAAGCAAGGACGCUCCCAUCAUCCCCAAAGCGUUUCCCCCACAGGACCCAAAUGAAAAGUCUUCUCUGCCUCCCAAGAAAAAGGACAGCCACCAUCCUCACGAUGCAAAGUCAACUUCUCCGGUGAGUUCAAAGCAACCAUCAAGGAAAUCUUGAAUGACACAAUUAAGAAGAGAUUGAGGAAGACCUUCUCCAAGCAAACCAGCUGGCAAGAAACCGGGGUGCUAUCUAGGAAAUGGCUUCAAUCCAUCACUGCGAUGUCUUCUCUUUUCAUAUCUGAAAGAUAUUUUAAUGCUCAAGAUGUGUAGCAAAACAAUCUCUCAUGUCUCAAAAGGACAUGACAGAUCAGAAUUAAGCACAACAGGAAUGGAAAGUGUUCUGAGUUGAGAAACAUCCGGUCGACAUGUACUAGAAACAGAAGCUGAAACUAUUAGAAAAUACACUUACAAAACUCAAA